AUGAAGGGUCUGGAGAAAGAAAGGGACGGAGGAGGUGGAAAAGCUGGAAGUAAGAAAGAGAAGGAUCAGAGCUGGAUCCCCAAGAUCAUCAAUAAGAAAGUGUGUACCACUUUUGUUGAAGACUCUUUAAGUAAUGGAGCAUUGUGUCAGUGUGGGGGUGUGCGGGAGGUGCAUGACUCUGUGGCCACAGGGGAUUACUUUGGAGCAGCUAUUGUCAGCCAGUGGGACAGCAAGCAGCACUCUUCAGAGUGUCCAACCGAUGCCUUCGGAGAGCUGGAGUUUGCUGGCGCAGGACGCAGACACAGCAAUUUCCUGCGGCUAUCAUGUGACACACCACCUCAGAUCAUCUACACCCUGAUGACCACUCACUGGGGCCUGCCCUCACCCAACUUGGUGGUGUCAGUGGUUGGGGGUGAAGGACAUGAGAAGAUCAAAACAUGGGUGAGAGAUGUUCUGAGAAACGGGCUGGUUAAGGCUGCACAGAGCACAGGGGCCUGGAUCUUAACAGGGGGUCUGAGAGAGGGUGUGGCCCGCUGUGUUGGUGAGGCGGUGAGAGACCACGGGGCUGCAGCUCCAGCUCUCUCCCAGAAGAAAGUGAUCGCAGUGGGACUGGCACCCUGGGGCCUAGUGCACAACAGGCAGCGGCUUGUCAGUGCACAGGGGAGCUUCCCUGCUCGUUACUACAUCCAGAACACAUCAUUUGACUCGUGCUCCCUGGACAACAACUGCCAAGCUUUCCUCUUGGUGGAUGAUGGGAGUGUUGGGCGCAGAGGAGGAGAGAUAGCGUUUCGUGCUAAUCUGGAGGACUACAUUUCCCAUCAACGCACUGGCAUUUGGGGUAGUGGCAGUAUUGAAAUCCCAGUGCUGUGCAUGCUCAUCUCAGGAGACACCAAUAUGCUCGAAAGAUUAGAUGCCUCUCUGAGGAAAUCUACGCCCUGGCUGGUUCUUGCUGGUACUGGUCCAGCUGCAGACCUUAUCAGUGAGCUGCUGAGUAAUCUCUCCCCUAUUGUCAUGAGUCCCACCUCUCCUUCAGCAGAGGGGGAGCCUGCUGAGGGUCACAGCACAGAGCUCCGCGACAGGGUCCGUGACAAGAUCCGUAAACACUUCCCGGCUGAAGCUGACGUGGAGAAACUGGUGGACAGCGCUCUGAGUAUUUAUCAGAACAGAGAGCUCAUCACUGUUUUCCACGAGGAGCAGGAGGGUCUUGAUGAUUUUGAUACAGUUCUCCUCAAAACCCUUGUUAGAGCUAGUAAACGUGUGUCCAGUGUGGCCAGUGAGUACACUGAAGAGCUGAAACUGGCCGUGGCCUGGAACCGAGUGGACAUCGCCAAAACUGAGCUCUUCAAUGGAGACAUACAGUGGAAGUAUCAUGACCUGGAAGACUCCAUGACAGAUGCUCUGAUCAAUGACAAGCCUACGUUUGUGCGUCUCUUCUGUGAGAACGGUCUGAAUAUCUUGGACUACCUGACUUACGGGCGUUUGGAAAGCCUGUACCGCUCGCUGUCUGACAGCUCACUGGCUUACAUUCUGCUCCAGCGUCGCCUGACUGAGAGGCAGGGCCUGGCAGGAUCCAUGCCUAACAUGGAUGGAGCUAUGACAGUACCUCUAAAGAGUCCCCAGAGUCCACUGACUGGACCUGUCUCAGCAAAGGAGCUGAGCCUCUAUGAGGUAUCCCGCCUGGUGUCAGACUUGUUGGGUGAUGUCUGUCAUCCUUUCUAUUAUGUGCCUCUGGGCCUGGACCAAAGCUUCAGCACCAGGAGGUCGAUCAAGCAAGUCAACAAGAUGUUAUUCGGGGAGUGUGUGUAUCGGGACAAGCGCUGCCCGUCUCCAUGGGCAGCUCUGUAUAUCUGGGCUGUCCUGCAGAACCGCCGUGAAAUGGCUGUUUUCUUCUGGGAGAUGGCAGGGGAGUCAGUGCUGAGUGCUCUGGGUGGCUGUAGGAUGCUGAGGGAGCUUUCUAAGCUUGAGAAUGAGACUGAGAACAAGGUCGCCAUGAAGUUACUUGCACAGAAGUUAGAGAAUCUGGCACACGAUGUAUUUGGUGAGUGUUAUCAGAGCAGUGAGAGUCGCUCCUUCACUCUCCUUAUAAGGAAGUCUCCAGUGUGGGGCGAUGCUACCUGUCUGCAGAUGGCCACUGCGGCUGACGCUCGCCUGUUCUUCAGCCAUGAUGGUGUUCAGUCUCUGCUGUCUCAGAUCUGGUGGGGAGACAUGGAGCAAAGCACAGAUGUCUGGAAACUGGUUCUCACCUUCUUCAUACCCCCCCUCCUCUACACAGACCUUAUCAGCUUCAGGGAACAAGAGGAGGAGGUUAAGUCUCAGACGGUCCACCAAGGCAGAGACACUGACAGUCUGGAUGGGAAUGAUGGAACCGUCUUCUCCCUUGCUGACAUUAUACAAAAUGAGGAAGAGGCUGAAGAGUUCCAGGCUCUGAAAGAAAACCUGAAAGUUACAGUGCCAUCCAACUUCAAGAGACCAUUCUUUCUGACACGGUGGAGACAGUUCUGGUUUGCCCCCGUCACCUCAUUCUUAGGCAACGUGUUGAUGUACUUCCUGUUCCUCUGCCUGUUUGCCUAUGUUCUGCUGGUGGAUUUCAAGCCCCCACCCCCUAAUGGCCCUGCUACUCUGGAGUUUGUGCUCUACUUCUGGGUUUUCACCUUAGUAUGUGAAGAGAUUCGACAGACCUUCUUUAUGGGAGGUUCCUCUGUGCUCCAGCGAAUGAAGAACUACAUCCAGGAUGUGUGGAACAAGUGUGACCUCACAGCCAUCACACUCUUUAGUUUGGCUCUGUGCUGCAGAAUGUUUCCCUGGUCAUAUGAGUUUGGCCGAGCUGUGAUGGCCAUAGAUUUUAUGGUCUUCACGCUACGUCUGAUCCAUAUAUUUGCCAUCCACAAACAGCUUGGGCCCAAGAUUAUCAUUGUUGGCAAAAUGAUGAAGGAUGUUUUCUUCUUCCUUUUUUUCCUGGCUGUUUGGCUCAUGGCCUAUGGAGUAGCCAAUCAGGCACUCCUCUACGCAUAUGAUCCCCGUCCUGAUUGGAUAUUUCGUCGUGUGUUCUACAGACCAUACCUGCAUAUUUUUGGACAAAUACCCAUAAAUGAAAUGGAUGCUGACAAGUUGAUAGACAUAAAGUGUACAAACAACGCCACACUCAUUGAAGCAGGAGAGGAGCCCUGCAUGAGCACCUACGCCAACUGGCUGGUUGUCAUCCUCCUGGUCAUCUACCUGCUGGUUACCAACAUACUACUGGUCAACCUGCUCAUUGCUAUGUUCAGCUACACCUUCUCCAAAGUGCAGGAGCGCAGUGACACCUACUGGAAGUUUCAACGUUACAACCUGAUAGUGGAGUACCACUCAAGGCCCUGCCUGGCUCCACCCUUCAUCAUCAUCUCACACCUCCACCUUUUGAUCAAAAGAUACAUCCGGCACAUCCCCUCAGCCAAGAGCAGACACUUUGUUGGAGAGCUGCGGGGCAGAAAAGCCAGCCGCCUCAACACAUGGGAGAGUAUCCAGAAAGAAAACCUCCUCUCAGCUCAGAAUAAGCGGAAGAGGGAGAGCGACACAGCACGACUUAAAUCUACAUCUGUCAAAGUGGACAGUGUGCUGAAGCAGAUGACUGAGAUCCGUGACCACGAUCGAAGGUUGCGGCUGCUGGAGACACAGCUGGAGUACUGCUGCAGUACCCUUUCCUGGAUGGCGGAUGCUCUGUCUCAGAGUAAUGUGAUAAAGGCCAGCCGCCCCGCUCCACUCCUCAGAGAUCUGGCUCCACUGUCUCCAAGAUGACUCCCUGAACUCCAUGAUCACACACACACACUCACAGUUUACUCAGGGCUAGUGUCAAAGAGCGAUUUGCUUCUUUGAACUAAUCAUUUCAUUUGUUUAACUUUGUUGUUCUACAGUUGAAAGUAUGUUAUUUGAGAUAUAUUUUAAUUGGAAGAAAAUGAUAUUUUGUGUGUAAAAUAUGUUGUUUUUUUAUAGUUGUGUCAAAAUUCAUUCUUGUCUGACAUAGUGCCUUUUUUAUUCUACCACUAGGAGAUGCCAAAGUCUGAAGUUGGGGUGCACUGGGGUUAUCAUAGCAGAUAUUUUUCUGGGGCCUUUGGGCAGUUUAAACUAGUGCCAAAAGAGUGUGAUCGUUGUACUUAAAUUCAUCAGGUGGACACUACUACAACUAUCAAUGCCAAAGUGUAAAAAGAGAACUGUUUUCACCAUUACAAUGUCAUGAUGUGAUAAUAUAUCAGAUGUGUUUUUCAGAUUGUUCUGCUGCCUUCAAGUGACCAAAAAAUAAAUAAAUGUAGCUUUAUUAUUGAUAAGUCUUAAGGAAAUUUCACCAUAUCCAGAGUUAGAUCAUUGUAUCCCCUUUAUAGUAAAAUGUCAGCUCUGUGUUUAGAUGUGUCAUCUGACAUUUUCAUAUUGGGUUUUUCUGACCAAUAUGUACCUCUGUUUUGUUACACAAUGAAUCAAUCUAUGCAGGUACUGUAUAUAUAUUUCAAGAUUGAGACUCUGUAGUGACCUCAGGUUUUAUUCAAACUGCAAUAAAGUCUUAAUAAACAGAUGUUUUUUGUAUCUACCACAACAGUGAGACCAUUCUGUUUUACUACAAGAAUGUGAUUCUUUUAUCAUUACACUCCUGACCAGAACCUCCUGCUUUAGUGCGCAGUAUGAUGAUAUUGAUAUCUCAUGUUCAAUUAAUCAAUAAUCAAUGAGAAUGCGGAGUGGGCAGCCUGCUUCUUAGAAACACUUCCAGGAUCUAGGAUAAAAAUGC